CGCUCUUGAGGCGCUGCGUCGUCUUUUCAAAACACUCAAGAUGGCGGCGCUGCGGGCGAGCGGCGUGAGGGUGACGGCGGCCCUCCUGAGGCCUUGCCUGGGCGCCCAGACGGCCCUCCCGGCCGCGGCCUAUCACGAGAAGGUUGUAGAUCACUAUGAGAACCCUAGAAACGUUGGUUCUCUGGACAAGAGUGCCAGAAAUGUUGGGACUGGCCUUGUGGGAGCUCCAGCCUGUGGAGAUGUCAUGAAACUGCAAGUUGAAGUGGAUGAAAAAGGAAAAAUCAUCGAUGCCCGGUUUAAGACAUUUGGGUGUGGGUCGGCAAUCGCUUCGAGUUCCUUGGCUACUGAAUGGGUGAAAGGGAAGACGGUUGAUGAAGCCUUGAAGAUCAGAAACACAGACAUUGCUAAAGAGCUCUGCCUUCCUCCAGUCAAGCUUCACUGCUCCAUGCUGGCCGAAGAUGCCAUCAAGGCUGCCUUGGCAGAUUACAAGCUGAAACAAGGCUCAGAGACUGGAGAGGCAGAGAAGGACGCAGCCAGUGUGUAGGGGGAGUCCUUGGAGGCAAAGCUGACCCCUUGUUCCUAUUUUAAUUUGCUGUGCAAUUGUUAGGAAGCCAGUCCACCUGCUUCUAGUGAGUGGAGGGGAGAGGGGACCCCAAAUAUCCACAAUGUAUUAAAACCAUCAGGGCAGACUAAGAGUAGUGGACAAAUACCUUGCACUUCUUGGGAGUAGCUGUCCUCUGUUCCUUAUUUCCACUCACUUCUGAAAAGAAAACCAUGUGAUUUCACCAUGAGAUUUUCUCUUAUCCUUAUCAAAGAAUCAUCUCAGGCCUUAGUGUGAACCGUAGUAGGGAAGUGGGCUUUUUGCCUAAAUGAGACAGAAGGACUUUCCCUGUGGAAAUAAAGGGUUGUCUCCCUGGGGGUGUUGAUCACCUGUAGGCAGCAGUGAGCAGUCCCCACCCACCUCCUGGGUAUACCUGAGAUAUUCUGGUGUGAAAGGGGGAGGGGGAUUAAAACAGUUUGCUUUGGGGCUACAGCACAGAAAGACUGCCAGGGGACCCCUGGCUCAAUUUGUUCCGAAAGUACCAUAUUCUCCUUGCCUAAUGUAUAGGAGGCAGCUUAUGCAAAGCCCUGGGCUAAAAGGAGAAAGAACAGGCAACCUCUUCCGCCAUUCUGGUUAAGUUUUUGUUGUAUAGGAGUGGGUUUUGCCUUGGUCAGGCUAUUUAUGCACAAAAUACAGAUUUAUUUUAUGUACAACAUAGCUAUAUAAUUGUACGCACAAAUAAUACAUGGCUGUUCUCUAA